AUGCCUGGGCGGGAAAGAAACCGGAUGCUUGGCCGAGGAGAAAGCCACCUAAGCCCCCCCCCCCGUCCCUAUUUUUUCCACAUAAAUCCCCUCAUGUGGUACCACACGUUGACCUUCGAUUCUGAGUUGGCUUAUCUAGUGGAUUGA